AUGCCUAGCAUCACCCAGAGCCACCACGAUGGCCGUCAGCACGCCGCGUCCCACCAUCACGGUCCUGUUCCUGGCUCGCCGACCCUUACAAACCCCGACAUGAUCCUCCCCGACUACGACGCGCCCCCGUCCCCCAAUGGACGCUCUCAAUCGUCUCUCAUGGACUGGAGAGACCCCAACCUCGACCAGCUCGACUUCCAGCUGCCUCCCCAGGCUGGCUACGGCUACGGUGCCAAGUCGGUGGCCCCCGCUACUCCCAUCAUCUACGGCAACGGUACCAUGCUCUCCGACAUUGGUGAGGUCACCGAGGUCGAGAGCACGGUCGGCCCAGCCUCCAGGAGGGCCUCAUCGCGAUACUCAAACUACACAGAGACCGAGACAUUUGGGCCCUCGUCGGCUACCGUUGUCAUGAGCAAGGUACUCGCCCGGAGGUCCAAGGCGCAAAAGGCCCGUGAGCGCCGUUCCUCCAUCGACUCGACCAGCACAAUCACCACUCAGGACCACCGCGCCGACUUUGCCGACUUUGACGACACGGUCAGCGUCGACGACAGCAGCUUCCAGGGCGACGACGAGGAGAGCAUGGCUUCCGAGUACGUCGAGGGCACCGCGCCCGCCCGGGGAUACGACGAGCGUCUGGGACACGGACAGGAGGACGGCAACAACAGGCACUCGACGGCAUCCAUAAGCAGCAGGGCCGAGCUGAUCCUUGCCACGGCAAAGCGCAGGCUGACGGCUAUGGAGGGCAACCUUUCGAGGGCCAGGAGCUCACUCGGUACUUCGGAGGCCUCGACACCAUCGCCCCAACUAGUUCAAUCGACCCCUGGUGUUCGGCCUAGCACAUCGGCCUCGCAGAUCACCGGCCACGCAAGAAUCAAGAGCGAGGACGGCCCCAUGGGUACGCCCAAGCAACAGCCCUCCCACGGUAUUACAAGGUCGGCAAGCGCCCUGGGUGCCGCCGGUGGCUACCGACAACCGCUGCCCAAGUUCAAGCGUGAGGAUAUCAGCUCCCCGGCAGGUUACCUGUCGCCCGGUACAUCCCAGUUCCCGCUGGACACGACUCUCGAGGCCCUCGGGGAGGAUGAGGUGCACGACACAUGGUCCAGCGCCGACGGCAUGCGUAACGGGGGCAUGCUUCUGACCCCGGUAUCUACCGGUUUUGCCGAGAAGGGCCUGACGCGCUCCGCGUCGGCUGCACAGAUGAGAGACAUACAUGAUCAGAUGCAGGGCCUGCGCGGCAAGAUCUCGUCACUCAAGGAGCAGGCCAGGGCCGACAGCCUCAAACGCAGGAGUCUGCAGAGCCUGCGAACGCCGAGUCCAUUCACCCAUGCCCGCUGGAACCAGGGACUGAUGGAACCCGGCGAGAUCCGUGCGGCGACUUCCCGCGAAACUACACCACCGCUCCCCGCCGCCAAUGAGAGCGAGGCUGACAGUCGUCCAUCGGCUGACGGCGUAGGCACCAUCCCUCUCAGCCCGCAAGAAGACGACAAGACCGUGAGCAGCGACCGCCGCCCAAUGAGCUCGUACUCAUCUUCCUCUAGGAAGACAAAGACUCCAACCCAACGGGACCUGCCCGACAGUACGCCCAAGAGCCCCGAGCAACAGCUGCAGUCUCAGGUACAGCAGCAGCCGCAAAAAGCAGCGGCCAACCACGAGGGUCAGGAUGCCGACCAAGACGAGGACGAUGAUUUGCGGACUGAGGAUGGAGAUGCGUACGAGGACGCCUACGGACCCGAAGAAUACGACGACCAGGAUGACGGCGUAGACGACGCAUCAGACUGGGCGAGCGAGAGUGGCGAAUCCUUGUACCACGACACGGAGCAGUUUGCAACAUCACACGAAGACCGCGAGGACGCCUUCGACUACGAGCAUUUCUUCCUGCACUCGGCCAUGGGCAACAUGAGUCUACGGGCCGAGAUGGAUGAAUCGUCGGAGAGCGAAUUCUCGGAUGACUCGGUAGAGACGACGCGGGGACCGACUACGGCGUCGACGUCGAUGAGCCACAGCCGUAGAUACAGCGGGGACUCGAACGCAUCGGACGAGACGUUUGCGACGGCCAACGACGGGAGGCCGAGCCGCAUGUCUAUGAAGGACUCGAGGCGGGGCUCGCCCAUGGGCACGCCGUACGAGGAACUGUCCCCCCUGCGCGAGGUGCGCAGCGAGGAUGCCUCGUCGGACCGUCGACUGUCGGAGGAUGAGGAUGAUGGCGACGAGCACGUGCCCGGCAUACCUGCGCCCCGCAACCAGCACCACUACUACUCUGCCGCCAUCAUGAGCCGGCCCACGAGCGCCAGCGCCACCCAGGCAGGCCGUCUGCACCGACCGUCAGUCUCGUCCUUUGAAUCGGCGGGAACAACCAGAAGCUUCCCCCUCGUCAACAAGUCCAAGAUCACCAGCCUGGACGGUGUCCUUACUCCUGGAGGAUCGCCCUCUUCCUCGGGAAGUUCACCGGAUCCAGCUAAGCAGGCUGCUUCGACUACCGCUACUGCGGACCAUCUUGCCACCGCGACGCCGAAUGGUGUCGGCAACAAGGUCAACGGCAUCAGCGGCGGAUUGCCGAUGCAGAACCUCCCCAGGGAAGACCAGAUUGCCGUGGAGAGGCUGGUGGCCAGCCUGGGACGUUGCGUCCUCGACAUGAGCGAGGGUGGACCUUCUCGGGCGGGGUCCGAGUACAGAAUGCUCAGACGGAGACUCAAUGCUGCGAGGUUGAUACUCGAGGGUCAACGGGAUGCCGCGUCUCCUUGA